AUGAUCAAUGAAAUUCGGGGCGUCCUAGAUCUCACUGAGGAAAUAUUACUGCGAUUUGGUUUUAGCAAAUAUGAAGUGAACCUUUCAACAAGGCCUGAGAAAGCUGUGGGAGGUGAUGACAUAUGGGAAAAAGCAACAUCUGCCCUCAAGGACGCAUUGGAUGAUAAAGGGUGGAGCUAUCAGAUUGAUGAAGAUGGUGGUGCCUUUUAUGGUCCAAAGAUUGAUCUCAAGAUUGAGGAUGCUCUUGGAAGGAAGUGGCAGUGCUCAACCAUACAGGCAUGUCCUGAAUUUGGAAGCUGUUCUUGGAUCCUUGGAGCGGUUCUUUGGUGCCUCAUAAAGCAUUAUGCUGGAGAUUUUCCAUUAUGGCUUUCUCUGGGCCAAGCACGAGUUUUACCAGUCACAGACACACAGCUUGAGGUGGCCAGGAUGUUGAAAGUUAGUGGUAUCCGGGCUGAAGUUUGCAGUGGCAAGCGGUUGCCAAAGCUCAUUAGGAAUGCUGAGAAGCAGAAAAUCCCACUGAUGGCGGUCUUAGGGCUGAAGGAGGUAGAAACACAAACUGUAACGGUUAGAUCUAGGUUUGGUGCGGAGAUGGAUACCAUGACAAUAGAUGAUUUUAUUAGUAGAACCAGACAUGCAACAGAAAACAGAACCUUCAUUUGAAACGGUUGUUGUUGGAACUAUGGCUGUCCGGGCUCGCUUUAAUUAGGUCCAAAUAGCAUUGUUGUCGGGUAUAUUGUACACGGAUAUCAAAACAUUAGAUCGGAUAUAUACAAUGAAAAAGAGUGUUAUACGUUUUUGAACCCAGAAGCAUUUUGUUCAUACUCUGACUAUUAUGUAUAUUUGGAAUCUUGAUGUUAAAAAUCAUCAAUACAGC